AUGAGAGUGUCGAAUGUCCGAUUGUUCGGCGCGAGUUUGAGGCCGCUGAACGGCCCUGUUGCUCCGUUCAAGUCUGAUAAGGCCCACAACAAGGGAGCCGUCACGUUUGAUAGAAACUUUCCUGUGCACAGAAGAGUGAAGGCGUGGGAGAGAGACAGAGAGGAUAAAGAAUCUUGGUUCAAGCGCAAACACGCCCAUCACCACGCGAAACAGAAGAAGCGCGAGCCUCAAAGGGACGACAAGCCGGAGUUCACGCGCUCGCAAGCGCUCAGAAAGACAAUCUCGCAACUGAAACUGAACCCGCUGGUCGAGUACCUGUACGGCACAAAUCCUGUUCUUGCCGCCCUCAAAGCGCAGCAGCGCGAGAGUUUUGGUACGCUAUAUCUCCAUAACCCCAAAUCGACUCCCAAGCUGGCCGAGAUCUUGACGCUGGCUCGCAAACUGGAGCUCCCGGUGAAAAGCGAGUUUGGGAAGCAUGAUCUGAACCUCAUGACAAAUAACGGCGUCCACAACGGGAUUGUCGUCGAAACCAAGCCGAUCGAGGUGGAGCAGCUGCGAUGCUUGGCGGCCAGCGAGAUUGGAAAAUUCACAGUCACCAAAGAACACGUUGGAGCGAACGAGACCAGCAUUUCUUCGACUGCUGCCGAACGGUACCCGUUGGCACUGUACAUUGACGAAAUAUCCGACCCGCACAACAUGGGUGCGAUCCUCAGAUCGGCCUAUUUCCUGGGAGUGGACUGUAUUGUUGUGUCGGAGCGCAAUUGUGCUCCGUUGUCGCCUGUGGUGUCGAAAACGUCGUCUGGAGCUCUUGAGUUCCUGCCGAUCUACUCGUCCCAGAAACCGCUCCGUUUUUUCGAGGAGUCGCGCUCCAACGGGUGGACUGUCAUCUCGUCUGUGGCUCCAAGCGACUCUGGCCGGAUGGGCAGCAAACAGAUCGAUGCCGACGCUUUGAAAGGUCAGCUACAGAACGGGCCGUGCAUGCUGGUUGUCGGGUCUGAAGGCCAGGGGAUCAGGACGUCGCUGUUGCAACGCAGUGAUUUUCUGGUUUCUGUGAAUAGCGGCAGAGCAGACUUGGACGAAUCGGUGGACUCGCUGAACGCCAGUGUCGCCACGGCACUGCUGCUCUCGAAAUUCUAA